AUGGCUUCACGUCAGACGCAAAACCUCGAACCGACAAGUAUUCUGGCUGCUAUUGCGGAGCUUGGAAUCGGUGGCAAUGGUGCAUUUCUUGACGGAGAGUUUCACGGAGGCGAGUGUCGCAUCUUCAAGCUUAGCUUCAAAGAUCACGCAAGCAUCGCCGUUCGAGUGCCGCAUCAUCCCAGCAACGAUGACGACAUAAUCGCCAUAAUCCAAAAUGAAGUGCGCAUUCUUCAGCUGCUCGAAGCAAAAAGCUUCCACUGGUCCCGAGAUGUUGCGGCUUUAGCCUGA